UCUCUUGUAUCUGCUACACAGAAAUGUGUAUGUCUCUCCAUGGAGCUCAGCCUACACAGCAGUGAGACAGAUACAGCAGCUCUCAGAUACAUUGGUCAGACUCUGAUUAGUACGUAAGUACCGUGGUCGGAGGUUUCAGCACGGUAAGCCCACGUUCAUGAAGAAUUCAAGCGAGCACAAUUCAAGGCUCCGAACUUUGAUAACGUUUGAAUCAGCACCAGUUCCAUGCAAAGCUCAAAAUCGUCGGGCCAAGUACUGAGAAGGAUGGAAGGAGUCUCAGCUUUGUCGACACCCGAUUAUUUGGAAAUCAAGCAUAUGUGUACAUGCGCUUGUGUAAUCUGCUGGUGAUUUCCACAGACGUCCACUUGGCAGCUGAGCUGAUCGAGAAAAAUUGCCAUUUUUGCACCUGGUCCCAAGGAACCAACAACACUUUGGUGCACACGUGUAUUUACAGCAUGAGAGUGGCGUCGAAGAAUACGAUGCUGUCCAUAAGGUUUUUGCUUUGCUGCUUCGGUGCAGUUGCAAGUGUCCAAUCAGCACCCAUCACCAUCACCAGAGAAACCUUCGCAGCGUGCCGACCUGGGUCGUGGGCCAAUAUUCCCGUCGAGUGCUGCCCACCAAAAACCAUCGAAGGACCAAUAGUGGAUUUCAAACCAGACUUCCAUCCGUCGAAACCUCUGAGAGUCAGGAAAGCUCUGCAAUGUCUGGCGGGCGAGGAGCUUGAAAUCUACACUCAGAAGCUGUACAAGGGGUACGCGCUGAUGAGGGCUCUCCCGGACAGCGAUCCACGAUCGUUCAUGAGGCAAAAUCAGAUUCACUGCGCCUACGGGACGGGCUCCUUCGUCCAAGACGGCUCGACGAAUCUGACCAUGGACAUUCAUCUGAACUGGUUCUUCCUGCCCUGGCACCGACUCUUCGUGUACUUCCACGAGCGAAUCCUGCAGAAGCUGCUGAACGACGCCGACUUCUCGCUGCACUUCUGGAACUUCGACAACAGCGAGGAGGCCGACGGCGACGGCGACGGCUGCUACAAAGCCGGUCACUUCGUGCCACCCGUGUACGCGGACCUGGAGGCACCGACUUUCGAGAGAAACCGCACGAGCAGAGCCUUCGAUCCCGCGAACCCGGUGUAUCUUGACCUGCUGUCGACGGAUCCGCGACUGGGCCAGCCGGUGUUCCACAACUACACCGUCGAGGAGGCCGUCCGGGGCAACAAGCGCAUCAUGCAUCGAGCCGUGGCGCAAGUGCACGACGUCGUAGCCUUCGUGGGCAGGCCGCGCAGAGUCGGCGACCCGCAGAUUCUCGACGCCAGCGAUGGCGCCGGGACUCUGGAGUGGUGGCCUCACAUCACGCUGCACAAUUGGGUCGGCGGGUUCAUGUUCCAGACCCAGACUGCGCCGCUCGACCCCAUUUUCUACAUCAUGCAUGCCAACGUCGAGCGCCUCUGGAAGGUCUGGCGCUCUCUGAGCCCGGCGAAUGUCGAUCCCGCCGACCCGGACUUUCUCGAUGCGGCGUUUCUUCUGUGGGAUGAGAACGCCGUCCUGCGCCGGAUCCGGGUCCGCGACGUUCUUCACACCGAGGCCCUCGGCUACACGUACGAGAAGGUGAACGACGCGAGCUGGAUCUUCUUCGACAAUUCCACAUCCGACCCGUAGCUGACGAGUUCGACGAGGUGGAAUGAAUGCUUUGGUGCUCUUCCAGCAAUGAAUGCCACAAGUGAUUUCGAGACUCGGUUGCAGUUUGUGAUGUGCUCAGCUCGUAGGAGUUGGAUUCGUUACGUUAUCGUCGACGAGUGCUGUCAAUUCUUUUGAUUUAAUUUCCCGCAGUUUUCGGUACAUGAGGUUUAUCUCCACUGCGAGAGGAUCCGAGACUUCGUUUCGCAGCCAGCGAGCUAAGCUCACGGCCGUCGUCAUAUAAAGAAGCUCGCACCGAUAGUCGAGGUUUAUGAGGUCAUCCCUCACUGACAGUCCACGCCAACGCCAUCGUUCCCAAUUGGAACUGUGGGACGCUGGGGAAUGUCAACGUGAGCACGGUGGAAGACGUCGAUCGUCAUCGUCCUGAUAGCACGAAUAAUCGGAUAAAUAGUUUCGAUGCGAGAAUUUCAGGGGAAGGACCGCUGGCGGCCAUGAGCAUGUGUGCGUCAUAUUUAUAUCUGACAUAAAUGGGAAUUAGAAUAAAUAAAUAAAUUAGAAUAGAAUGUCUAUUUACUAGGUCAUAUUUGAAUAAAUGCGAUGCGCGAAUUUCAGCGAGAGUAACGUAAAUUUCUUGUGUUCAUCAGUACCCUCAGUCUCAGGACGAUGCAAUGAGUGAGUUGUGGGUAAACUUAGGUGUCACCAAGUUUAAUAAUAAAGGUUCCAAUCCGUACACAGUUUAAU